GGGUGAGCUCUCUUUCAAUGGGGAUGGUCUUCUUCUGUUCUCCGAUAGUCAGUGUAUUCACAGAUCUGUUUGGUUGUCGAAAAGUAGCUGUUAUUGGAGCUGCAGUGGGGCUUGUUGGACUCCUUUCAAGUUCUUUUGUAAGCACCAUCGAACCUCUGUAUUUCACCUACGGAGUCUUAUUUGCCUGUGGCUGCUCGUUUGCUUACCAGCCAUCCUUGGUCAUUCUUGGGCACUACUUCAAGAAACGCCUUGGACUAGUGAAUGGCAUUGUCACUGCAGGCAGCAGCUUGUUCACUGUGUCACUGCCCUUCCUCUUGAGAGUUUUGAUUGAUUCUGUUGGCCUUUACAACACCUUGCGGGUCCUUUGCAUCCUUAUGUUUAUUCUGCUCCUGGCUGGCUUUACAUACAAACCCCUUGUUUCCGAUGCCAAAGACAAGGAGGGAGGAAAGAAGGGAAAGUUCAGAUUUCCUCCUGAAAAAAAGAUUUGCAAUUUCUCAGUCUUCAAAGUUCUCAGUUACCGAAUCUGGGCUUUUGGGAUCCCAGCUGCACUCUUUGGAUACUUUGUGCCUUAUGUUCACUUGAUGAACCAUGUAAAAGAUAGAUUUGGUGACAACGUGCCAGAAGAAGUGCUUCUGCUGUGUCUGGGCAUUACUUCAGGAGUUGGCAGACUGAUCUUCGGCAGAGUUGCAGAUUAUAUUCCUGGUGCAAAAAAAGUUUAUUUACAGGUGGCCUCAUUCUUUUUUAUUGGCCUGAUGUCUAUGAUGAUUCCACUGUGCCACGUCUUUGGAGGUCUCAUCGCUGUCUGUCUCUUCAUGGGCCUCUUCGAUGGGUGCUUCAUUUGCAUUAUGGCUCCUAUUGCCUUUGAGCUUGUUGGGGCUCAGGAUGUCUCCCAGGCCAUAGGAUUCCUACUAGGAUUCAUGUCAGUACCUAUGACAGUUGGUCCGCCCAUUGCAGGUUUGCUGCAUGAUCACCUCGGCACCUAUGAUGUAGCGUUCUACCUGGCCGGAGUCCCUCCCCUUAUUGGUGGAGCUAUUUUAUGUUUCAUCCCCUGGGUCCACGAACGGCAAAAGUUAAAAGAAAGAGCAAAACCUGUUGAUGGAGAAACCACUGAGAAAAUGCUGGAAAAUGAAAGCCCUUUGGUGCUGGACGCUACAGAAAAGCCAGUCAAAGAAAUGGAAUCUGGUUGUUGAUGCUUUCUUUUCCUCUACCAGCCCAACCUCCUUCUACCGAAGCUGAAGGCUGAAGAUACUGUGUGAUACUGGACAAGUCUUGAACUAUCGCUCAAAUUGCAAAACUGCUAUGAGAAUCUUUUAUACCAUUGAACUUUUUUGAUGAGUCAUUGAGUUUGAUUUCAAGCCACAAUUUCAAGGUAUUUGAAGUUUUGUAGCAUUAGUGUGUAUGUGCUUAGUCAUUCUGUGUGAAGAGAGUAUUUUUCUAAUUCGUCAGAACCUAUUUCUGGAAGUGUGAAAGCUGUUUGUGGUUCACUGACCCAGGAUUCUUCAAUAAAUUCUAUGGUCCAUCCAAUGCAGGCACACCCGUGGGUGUUUAUACUGGAAAACGUAGUAGCUCUUGUGACUGAUUUGUUUUUUGAAGUUUCUCAUGCUGUUUUACAGUCUUUUAUAACUCUACAUUGUGAACAUGCAUAUUUUUGAUUACCUUAACUCUUGCUGAAAUCAUUUUGCAUUAGAAAGCUAAAUUAUAUUGGUUUUAUUUUCUCUAAAUACCCCAGCCUGCUCAGUUUGCUUAAACACUCACCUGUUUCUGCAUUCACCUUUUCACAGAAGCCCAAAGAAAGAGCAUCAAGGAUGACAUUUUUGAUGGGCACAGCUUUAGCAAACUAAGCUCUGAGUACAAGCACAUUCAGAAAUAAAGCUGCUGAAUGAUAUAGAUUUUUUUUUAUUUGGUGAAGGUAAUACUAUGAUGUAUCUAUGUAUAUUUUUUUUUCAGCUAGACCUCAGAAUAGCUGAUUACGUUUUGAAAUUGUACUGACAGUAAUACUUUGGAGCAGUAUUGUGAAUUAGGCUAAAUUUCCAAUUAUUCUGUUAGGUUCUUUUUUUAUUCUUAAAAACAAGACAGCUUUAAAAGAUACUUUCUAAGUGCAAUAAUAAGUUGUUUUUCAUGUGAAAAUACACACGAGCUAUUAAAAUGACAUUCAACAAUUAAAGAUUUUUGCACUAAGUGAACAUGCAGGUUUAUUAGGUCUUUAUAGCUGUGUUCUGUUGCGUGUAGAAUAUAGCUCCGUAUUUUAUCCAAAUAUAAAGAAAUGUCUUUGUAUGUCCUAUUUCUUGCUUAACAUACUAAACAUGCGGCCCUACUGUUAUGUAUUCAUAGGUAUUAUGCACUGUUUGCCAAGCAGGUAUUUCUGAAAACCUUUCUCUGAAAAACAUUUGAAAGCAUAAUACUUUGAGAUGAAAACACUGCUUUUCAGUUUAUCAUAAAACACUUCCAAGUACAUUGUUUAGUUGUGGAUAUGGCUCAGCCAUGCAGUAGAAUAUUUAAUCAUUCUUUUUCAGAUCCAUUCAAUACCAAUAAGUUUUUUGUUUUCUUGUUAAGAAGUGUCAUAGCAAAGAGUAAACUAAAUGUGAUCUGAAGAAGAAAUGAUGCGCAUCUAAAUUUCUUUACCUAAAUCAUGGAGGCAUACCGUUUAAAAAUUACAAACUUUUUUUCUAUUUUUAUUAUUUUGCUUUCACCAGAGUUGUAGUAAAUUGAUCAGAAAGCCCACGUACAUUGGUGAUAAAACAUUAUCAAUGCUAUUGCAUAGAAUGUUUACAUCGAUCAGCUUACAAAAGUCCUUUAAAUAUAAUCAUGCAAAGCAUCCUAAUUAUUGGAGACCAAAGCUCAUACCUUUUUUUUAUGUUGCAGAAUUUCAAUCCCUGCUUAACAUGAAUGAGGUUUAAAAGAAUUGAAUCUUAAAAUGUUAAGAGGUGUAUGGGAGGGACUUGGAGAUGGAAAAAAAAACCCCAAGCGAUCUGUAAAACAGAGGUCCCUUUCGGGUCACUGGGACUUGUGCUUCUACACCUCAUAAGUACUUCUAAAAAGUUAAUUAAAAUAUUCAUAGUAGUAUUGUUAGCGUAAAUGACGACAACAUGCUGCCUUCGUUACAAAACCAAUGCUAACAGCCUAAGCUGUUCUUGUCUGGAGUGUUUCUGUAGAACCUGUUAUUCAGUAUUAUCUUCUAUUUGGGCAAUGCAGAAGGUGUUAAGUAAGUGUGGUAAAAGCCUCUUGUUUCCUACUGCUUUGUUAUGAAAAAUGAAUAUUCAUCACAGAUCUUGAGUUUCAUGUGUGUUAGCUUUGAGUUGUUAACCAAAACCAAGGCUGCUUUUUAGCGCUGAUGCAAUUUGAAAUCAUUGUGACCAGACAUCUUGGUGUAAUUGUGGCAUCUUCCUGACGUGCUGCUCUGUAUCAGUUAUCUGGGAGAUCAUAUAAAAUAAUUGUUGCUCAAUUUUAGAAAUGGUACAGAAAUAGCAUAACGACAGUAUGGAUUCAUUAUUGCCAUACCCUUUAAAAAUGUAUCUGUACAUAAAAAUCCAAACUUUCGUAUUUGAGAAGCUAAAAAAGUAAGUUACGCUUACAAAUAUCAAGGAAAAGAAUUUAAAAACAAACAAACAAAAAACCAACAAAACCCCAGAGACUCCAGGAUGGGAGGGUACAAUGAGUGAGUAACUGUUUAGGAGUGAUUACUAUGUUAAAACCAGCUAGUGAACGGGUUGUCAGACAAGAGGGAAGCGGAGCUGGGGGAAAGGAAGCUACGGUGGUGUGAUGAUGUUGGAACAAUGAAGUGAUUUCUGAUGCCGGUGCUUGUUUUACAACGAUGCUGACAUUGGACAGGCUUCAGAAAAAAUGACUUUUCAGAAAAGGCUAACAAAAAAAAAGUAAAUUAAUGCGUGAGAAUUCUGUCAGCAUCUUUAUUGUUGGCUCGUGUCUGUGGGGGAAAUGUCCAAUAGAAAAUGCUCUUUAUUGGACAUAAGCAUAAGAUUGUGUCCUAAAGCUAGGUAAGGCGCUGUUGAAAUAGAAGUAACGUUCAGAUUGUUAGUGGUGAGGCAGCCUAGCCGUUGAGAAACUUAUUUAGAGAUAGACUGCAUUCUAUAUGCCCUGAGGUUUUAAAAAUGAGGUUAGUGGUCUCCCUUUAAAAAAAAAAACAACCCCAAAACAACCAACAAACAAAA